CUCAGUCUCACCUUUGAAACCCAUCUACCUGUUUAGAUAGAUUGUACGCUUUUAUUACGCCGAGCUGAACUUUUUCCAGCUGUUUGAAGGAUGCGACGCAUUUUCUGGUGCAUGGCUUUACUUUUUAACACGCACAAGGAUCUCAACUGUUUUAAGUUGAACAAAAUGAGGUUUACAGGAUGUGACCGGUCAUGUGUCCGGUCAGUCGGCGGACGUUUUUGUGUUUGUCAGCAUGUGUUUAUGUGUUUAAAAAGAAGUGGAAAUGGUUCUGGCCUCACGCACGGAUAGAAGAGACAGAUAAGACACAAUAAAUGAAAUGUCUUUUGGAGACUGAAGUGGCCCCAGAGGAGCAGCUGACGGGGCCCGGGUGAUCCGGGUGAUCCGGGUGAUCCGGGUGUCCCGGGAUCGUGCUGCUCAACAGGAUGGCCGUUGAAGAGCGGCACAUGCCUUCCAGCUGUGGCUCCUACAUAAAGACAGAACCCUCCAGUCCGUCGUCUCUGGUGGACACCGCCAGUCAUCCAAGCCCGGGAGCCCAUUCCGACGCCAGCGGCGGCUACGGCAGCGCCAUCAACAGCCACUCCAACGGUCUGGACUCUCCGCCCAUGUUCACAGCCGGCGGGCAGUUGGGCGCGGCGGGAAGCGCCUGCCGCAAACGAUACGAGGACUGUUCCAGCACGCUGCUGGAGGACCCCGGGUCCAUCAAAUGCGAAUACAUGCUCAACUCAAUCCCUAAGCGCCUGUGUCUGGUGUGUGGAGACAUCGCGUCAGGGUAUCACUACGGCGUGGCCUCUUGUGAAGCCUGCAAGGCCUUUUUCAAGAGAACAAUACAAGGUAACAUCGAGUACAGCUGUCCGGCCACCAAUGAGUGUGAGAUCACCAAACGAAGACGCAAGUCAUGUCAAGCGUGUCGCUUCAUGAAGUGUCUUAAAGUGGGCAUGUUAAAAGAAGGUGUUCGUCUAGAUCGUGUACGAGGAGGCAGACAAAAAUACAAGCGGAGAAUGGAUGCAGAAAACACAGCGUACCUGGGGCUCACACUCCCACCUCCAGCCAAAAAACCCUUGACGAAGAUCGUGUCUCAUCUGCUGGUGGCAGAGCCGGAGAAGAUCUACGCCAUGCCGGACCCCACCAUGCCCGAGAGCGACAUCAAAGCCCUGACCACACUCUGUGACCUGGCCGACCGCGAGCUGGUCGUCAUCAUCGGAUGGGCCAAACACAUCCCAGGUUUCUCCGCGUUGUCUCUGGGAGACCAGAUGAGUUUACUGCAGAGCGCGUGGAUGGAGAUCCUCAUCCUCAGCAUCGUCUUCCGCUCGCUGCCGUAUGAAGACGAGCUGGUGUACGCCGAGGACUACGUCAUGGACGAGGAACACUCGCGUCUCACCGGUCUGCUGGAUCUCUACGUGUCCAUCCUACAGCUGGUGCGCAAAUACAAGAAACUGAAGGUGGAGAAAGAAGAGUUUGUCACGCUGAAGGCCAUAGCGCUCGCCAACUCAGAUUCCAUGCACAUAGAGGACGUGGAGUCGGUUCAGAAGCUCCAGGACGCUCUUCACGAAGCCCUGCAGGAUUACGAGAGCUGUCAACACGCCGAGGACCCUCGACGCGCCGGAAAGCUGCUCAUGACGCUUCCUCUGCUGCGGCAGACGGCCACCAAAGCCAUUCAGCACUUCUACAGCAUCAAGAUGCAAGGCAAGGUGCCCAUGCACAAACUCUUCCUGGAAAUGCUUGAGGCCAAGGUCUGAUUGGUCCCGUGAUGUCAUCGAGGCGGCAGCGAAUGAGGUGUGACAGAGACGCCCUGACUGAGGAGGACAGACCGAUCCUUCGACGGACAUGCAGGUUGAAGACUUACGUCUCGCCGAGAAGCCAGACAUUUUUAGAGACCCGAAAAUGAAAAAAUACGUAUUCAAAAUAUGAAUCUAAAUGAAAAAAAAUGAAUUUAAAAUCUAUAAGGAAAACUAUGUACUUGUACAGUAAUGCUUUUUUUGGGACAUGAUUUCUGGUUAUAUAUGAUGGAAGAAACUUCUGUAAUUAGAUGCUCAUUUUUCGUUCGGCCCUCACGCCACAGUUAUGCUCCUCAUACAACACCAGGACUUGUACAUAUUCGUCAUCAGGCCCGAACAGUGCAGCCAUUUGUCUCGCCCGGUUCUUCCCUGAAUGUGAACUUGAAUAUACCUCUUCCGAACGGUGACUUCUGGACCUCCGCAUAAUCGUGACGACGUCUGUAGCCAGGACUUCUCUAGUAACUCAGCAAUAAAUUGAGCCAACGGACGGGUGACGUCCAUCUAACUUAUUUGCUUAAGUGGGCUAGAGGAACGCCCGUCUCCUGUGUUGCACUGUAUUCAAACUACUUGUUAUUGUUGCGCUUGAUGUUCGGGUCUCAUUUUGGCACUGAAUUGCUGAUUUGGCAGAGGUGCGAGUGGAGGGAGGGACUGCUGUGUGAAAGCGGCAUUGGAUGGAAAGGAGAAGGUUUCAAAGGGUUUACGAAGGGUGGCAGCAGUCCAGGAGAUUCCACGUUCGAACAAUCAGACGCCGCAUAUGUCAAACACCCUAUUUUGGGCUCGAUAAGCCACCGGCAAAGCCAAGCCGUGCGGAGAGGAAACGAGGUGCCCAUCAUCUGCUCUCACCCUUUUAGAAGCUGCCAGGACAUUUUUAGCCAUGUGCCCACGUGAAGGUGGGUGGCAGGUGCAGGUCUUUAUCACCAGCUUUAUUUUUAGAUCUUGGAAGAUGACGCCGGCCUGAACGGGAGGGGUUUUGACCUCAUGUUGACACAAUAGCUUUGCUGCACCGCUUGCCACUACGGCAUUUGAAGUAGAUGUGACUAUAAACGGCGAAUUAACCCGAGAUCCACUGAAGGAUCCACCCGAAACCGACACAUUCCACCUGCUUCCUGAGCACAUAUGCUGUGUUCCAUUCACCUUGAGAAGUCAGAAAUCCCAACUGUCCAUUUGAAAAUGUGCAAUAGUCAGAUUUCCAACUUGGAAACUUUUAGCAAGAAGUUUGAAGCGGGUGGCUGAUGGUGAAGCAUCACUUCUAAGCAAAUAAAACUUUAUAAUAAAACCUUUCCCAGCUACAGAGAACGGUUUCAGAACGAUGGCCAACAUUUUCUCGAGUUCUCUCAAACGUUAUCGUGGUAACAUUAAAUGAGCAUUUUAUCAACAUUAUCAACAAAUAGACAAACCCAACUGUUGGGUUAUAAAUUAACCAUUAUAAAACGGCCACAUAUGACCCAACCAGUGCAUACGUCGAUGCAAAAUGUUUUCGUAACGGCAUGGGAACCUUCUUACAACGGUGUUGAUUGUUUCUUCACAUCUGAGGCCUGGCCACACGAACACGGGUAUUUUCAAAACCGCAGCUUUUUCUAUGAAGUUUGACCGUCCGUCUACACGCAAACGUAGUUCCCGGUCACUGAAACAGAACUUUUGUGAAAACUCCGGCCAGGGUGAAGAUUUUUUGAAACUCUGCUUUCAGUGUCAUUGUGUAGAUGGUAAGACCGGAGGUUUGGCGUAUGAUGUUGGAAUCGGCGUGCCUAUCUCUUGUUUGACGUCAGAUUCCAGGCUUUAUGGUUAGGGUUAUAUCGCCACCUGUUGGUUUGGCAUGCUUUUGACAGCGCUUUAUAGCUUGUUGCAUUUUUGUGUGGACGGCGUGGUUUUUUUAAAAUACAGAAAUACCCGUGUACGUGUGGACUAGGCCUGAGAUAUGAGACGUGUCCUCCGUCUGACUUUGAAUGGAACACAAAGCAUUUGCUCUACAAUGUCAUUCAGUUGUUUUACAUGACAGGGAUCUUUUUUUUCAGCGUUUGGAGGACGGAUGAACUGAGAAGGCGACUUUCACUACUGACGUCACGUCAUUGACUCGAUGUAAACCGUCGGCUGUCUCGGUUCAGUUUAGCAUUCUGUUGGCUUCCUAAUGGAAGAGGGUCAGACUUCUUCCCAUUAAACUUGAACUCGUCAUAGCGGACUCAAUAACAGGGAUUCAUUUUUAUAUGCAGUGCAACCAUGUGGGACAUUAGGGAUCAAUUCUGACCAACAUCAUGCCAAAGUAGUGCACCUUUAAAUCGCAUGUCACGAAGUUCACGCUGACAAACGCUUAAAGCUACACAAGCUCUGUGCACAUGCGUUUCACUUGUUCUUAUAUAACAUUGUAACUUCAGAUCUUCAGACAUGUUUUUUAGUCUUAUGUGUUCCCUUUCAAACCUGCUGAGGUCAGUCUGUAUAUUUCACACAUUACACUUCAGAAUGACAUAUAUGCAACAUUGACUUUCUUUAGCUACCUCAUCAUUCAUUCAAACACACAAGAUGCUGUAAAAAACUUUUCUUUCCACUGCUGAAUGCAUUGUGUUUUUCAAGCUGUGCACACGACACUCUGCAUGUGUUAGGUAUGAACUUUCUUUUGAAAAUGAAGGAGUACAUUUCAUCCUGUACUGAACCUCCUAAUCUGUGUUGAAUGUUUUUAAAGGGCAUGAAUGUUUGUUUCACAUGUCAGUCGCUGUAUGGAAAGAAAGAAUGCAUAUCUGUAAAUGUUGUCGUUUAUUUAAUUGCGUAUGAACGUCGUCCUUCUAUUCAAAAUGUCCGGGUCAGAAUUGGUCCCACGAUGUUCACGCGUCAAAGCAACGAAGGCUUUUCUCCUGAAGAUAUUCAUUGUGUAUAUUAUAUCACUCUGGCCAUGCUGUAUAAUAACAUCUCAUAUUGUUCAUUUAACAACACCUGUGUCACUUUCUUUUUUAUGUCCAAAAAAGUAACAAAGAAAAUCUGAAGCAGUGCUGGAGUUUUCUUCAUUUUUCAGAUGGUGGAAAAAACAUGUUCUUUCAAAAAAUGUUUGAAGAGGUCACUUAAUUUAGCACUCAUGAAUCAAGGUUGAGAGUGGGAAUCAUUCGCAUAAAAAGGAUAAAAGAUUUGUUGUUUUUCAAUUCGUAUAAAAACUGUAAAUUGAUAACAAGAAGAAGUUGAAGGAAGUAAGAAAGGAACAAACACAAGUUCAUCUGUUUCACAUACAACAUUAUUCAUUUAAACAUUCACAUGCACAUUUUUGUGAGAUCAUUUAAAAAAUCUUGAUCAAUUUGCUUUUUAGCAUUUUAAAUAAAUGAACAGAACACAAAAGA